UUUUUUUUAAUUUGGUUUCUUCUCCAAUUCUAAUCUACUUGUGUUUUAAUUGUUCUUUUUUUCUUAGUAUUUUGAGUUGUUUUUUUUAAUUCUUCAAAAUGGUUCGUAAAUUAAAGUAUCAUGAACGUAAACUUCUCAAGAAGGUUGAUUUCAUUAACUGGGAAGGAAACAAUGUCAAAGAAAUUACUGUCAUGAGAAAAUAUCACAUCACCAGAGAAGAGUACACAAGGUACAAUAAACUUGUUCAACAAAUUCGUAGAUUGACCGAUAAAAUAGCAGCUCUUCCCAAAGAUGAAUUCAGAGUACAAUGUUCAGCAGAAUUAACUGAUAGACUUUAUGUUGCUGGAAUAAUUCAUACUAAAAGAUUGAAAAAAUGUGCUGCAUUAACGGUCAAAUCCUUUUGUCGUCGUCGUCUUCCCGUUUUCAUGGUAAAAAGUGGAAUGUUCAGUGCUCCAUUGGCCGUUGCUGUUCGAUACGUUAAACAUGGACAUGUUCGAGUAGGUCCCAAUGUGGUAAAAGAUCCAGCAUUUUUGGUUACCAGAGUUCACGAAGAUUUCAUUUCCUGGACUGAAAAAUUUGCCGAUAAAAUUGCUGAAUAUAAAGACGAUCAUGAUGAUUAUAUCGACUAAUUAUUUAAAUUUUCCUAUCAAUUAAUAUUUUCCAUGGUAAAUUAAAUCACCUUCAUCAUCAUCAUUAUCAACACGGGGAAAACAACUUAUGAUAAACUGACCAUUUAAAGACAAAACUUUGUUCCAUCUAUCAUUUAUUAUUGCAGAGAUUCAAUUGAAGGGAUAGUUACAUGGUGAUUGACAUUUCUUCAUUUACGAUAACAAAUAUGAAUUGAUCAUGAAGAUAUUAAUCAGAGCUGUUAUUAUUUACAAUUAAAAAGUGUUGGACACCUGUUGAUUUCUUGUUA